CCCGGUGCUACACUCAUUACUGUCCCCCAGCAAAAGUGUUUGGGGACAUGCAGAGCACAUAGAGUGGUAUUAGGUGCAUAUUAUCCCCAAUCUCUGGAUUUAAGGACAUACAGCUAUAUAUUUUUGAGCAUUGAAUAAUUUGUAUUUUUUUUAAGUAGAUCUUUCCUAUCACAAUCUAAAACUAAUCUUUUAUUUACAGGAAGAGAAGCCACAUCCACCAGCAGAUCUAUAUUUUGCUUUCAGUAAUUAAUCAGAUGCAUAGUUAAUGUACAUAUUUUUAUUCAGUCACUGUGUACAUUGUUUGCACAUUUAUAAUUUAAGCAAUAUAUGUGUUUAUAGAAUAUAUAACUCACCACCUUGUCUAUUACAGGUGAAAAAAAAAAAUAUAUAUAUAUAUAUUUUUUUUUACAUACUCUUAAAAUAACAGAAAUAAUAUACAUAUUUUUAUAUAUAUAUAUUUUAUAUUUAUACUGCAGCUUUAUGAGUCCUUAAGUGUGUUGGUAGAUAUAUGACCUAGUUAGAAAUCUUAUACAUGGAAGAAAGAUUGAGGGAGGCUUCUGCUUUGGGGGACUUGGAAGAAGUGCAGAGUAUUAUCAAAAGUGGGGCAGAUGUCAACAAUCAGAAUGAGAUCAACGGAUGGUAAGUUAAUAUUAUGUUUUAUUAAAUCAGAAAGAAACACACACAUCUAGGGAUAAUGAUUGGUUGCAUGAGAAAUUAGUUGCAUGUACAAGCAACAAUUUUUUUUCAUGUAACCAUUCAUUAUCCCUAGAUGUGUGUGUUUCUUUCUCCUUUUUCUUAUGUGUGUGUUGAGUAUAUUUAUAUACUAAAAUAUAGGUGUUUGCAAAUCAUAUGCAUUGAUCAUAUAUGUAACAUCACAUGUAUCUUUAACCCCCCCCCCCCCCCCCCUUCAACCCUCAUGUGAUGUGCACGUCCUGUAGUCUGUAAGCUCGUUUGAGCAGGGCCCUCUUCAACCUAUCGUUCCUGUAGGUUUUCUUGUAAUUGUGCUAUUUAUAGUUAAAUCCCCAUCUUAUAAUAUUGUAAAGCGCUACAGAAUCUACUGGCGCUAUAUAAAUGGCGAUAAUAAUGUCAUUCCAAAAUACAUGUCUCAAGUGUCCUUUUAGGCCUGGCAUUUUAGUGCAGAUGCCAUGGUGUCAUGUUUUUUAAUGUAUUUUUUUUAACUUCCUCAUCAAAAGUGAAGGACAAAUUAUUUAGUAUUGACUGUUCAUGUAUGUAUUUGCCAACUAUUUGUCUAGCACAAUAUAUAGAUUACAUUUUCAACACUGCUCAAUGUUACUCUCCAACAUUUGUUUUGACCAACUAUUUUACAGGAACAUGUCAAGCACUAUACUAAAAUAAUAUAUAUGUAACUACUUUAUGAUAAAUACUAAUUACUGUUAUUCAAAUGAGUUUUAGACAGGCAUAGUUAGCCAAGGUAUAGUGGAACCUAUCAUCUCAAUAACCACUACAGGUGUUCUGAAGUGGUUAUGGUGCAAUUAGUUUUUGGGUGCCACGUCUCAGGAUAAAGUAACAUGAACUACGCAACUACUAAGAAACCCUGAUGUAACUAGCAUACAAGUAAGAGUUGGCUUGUCAGCUGUUGUCUGAUCUCUUUAAAUAAGAUUAUGGUAUCCAUUGUUAAUCAUACCCUAGCAUGGGUGUGACAGUUGGAGAUGCAUGUAUUCUGGCAUCAAGGGUAGCCUUGAUAGUGUAGUAAAAUAGCAAGGGACAGGUAGCUUGCAAGCUGUUAGAGAGGCAUAUUAAAUAAGGUCAGACUACAAUCCGUUAAUCCGUUGUUGAUUUUAUUAAAAUUAGAGUGUGUACCAAGGCACUUUAAAGAGACACUCUAUGCACUAUAGCUACAAGAGCGCAUUGUGGCAGUUAUGGUACAAGGAGUCUCUCCCCAGUUUGUGUCAAAACCUUUUCAAGUGUUCUGACAAAACCAGAUCUCUCCCAGUAUAAAGUACUGGUCUCCCUGCUGCAGCUCGGCUCUUGUUGACGUGAGCUAACGUAUAACGAAGAGGUGGUUUUAUCAGAGUCUCUACAGCAAUUGGAUAAAUACUUGCAAAACAUUCAGGGAUAUAAUUUUUAAUUAGUGGGGUAAUAGCGUCUUGAUCCAGGGAGAUAUCUGACUGCCAUUCUAAGGUCAAGAAGGAUUUUUUUUUCUAGUUAGUGGCAGAAUUGUUAGCGCUUCAGACUGGCUUUUUUUGCCUUCUUUUGGAUCAACAGCAAAAACAACAGCAAAAACAGAUGUGAGAGAGACUGAACUUGGUGGACACAUGUCUCUUUCCUUUUCAGCUAUGUAACUAUUAGCCGUCCUACUUAUAAUAACAGUAAUAGGAUGAGUGCUCUGAGCUAAACAGUCCCCUAUCCUGAUAUAAAAUGUGUAUAUUUCUAUUUCCCUAGGACUUCCCUUCACUGGGCUUGUAAAAGAAAUCAAAUUCAGGUUGUGUCUUAUCUGCUAGAAUCGGGAGCGGACAAUACCAUUCUCACAACCAAAGGGGAGAGACCAGAGCAACUGACAUCAAAGAACGAAAUAAAGAAAUUAUUGGGAGGUAAGACAUGACACACAAAAAGAAAGAAAAGAAUACGGAUAAAAGGACAUAAAAAAAUUCCUAUAAAGGAAGGAGCAACCCAGAAAGUAAUAAUCGUUAAAACAUACCUUUUAAUAAGUGUACGGAAACCAAGUACAUUUAAACCUCAAUCGGUAGUUUCCUCCCGAACCACUAGAGCCCAGUGAAUAUAGCCCUCCGUUCGGUAGUUAUGGUAGACAAAUCCUAGUGUAGUUCCAAUAGUGUCACUGGAUAAUUCCCUCAGUAAAACACACGAAUUCCCAAACAUCAGUCGUAGUCAGAAGAAGGGUGCAAAGAUGAACUGAAGAUUUAUUGAUAGACACUCUCUUUUUAUGGGAUUCUGCCCAUGCAAGGGAGACUCCCCCCUAAUUAACAAUACAACCAAUCCUGACAAUAUACAUACUGUACAUCUCCUCCCCUCAGAUAAUCCAUUAACACAAUUAAAACGGAACACAUUUUCCCCAAAGUCUGGAUGUACCCUAAAUACUUGAUAGCUGGACUCUGGGGGACCAACAUAUUAAAGAAUCAGCCCAUUCGGUUCAGCCGUUCGGGAGAUAUGGGUGGGCGUGAUCAUUACAAAUCGUCAAAAUGAAAUGAGUAUAGAGGCGGCAGUUGAGGAAAGUAAUUAAAUUAACCCUUUCAUGAUAAUGCAAGUGACCCGCUCGAUACUAAAAGAAGAAAAACUACCACAACAAGAGGACAUAGUCUUAAAUUAGAGGGGCAAAGGUUUAAAAAUAAUAUCAGGAAGUAUUACUUUACUGAGAGGGUAGUGGAUGCAUGGAAUAGCCUUCCAGCUGAAGUGGUAGAGGUUAACACAGUAAAGGAGUUUAAGCAUGCGUGGGAUAGGCAUAAGGCUAUCCUAACUAUAAGAUAAGACUAGGGACUAAUGAAAGUAUUUAGAAAAUUGGGCAGACUAGAUGGGCCAAAUGGUUCUUAUCUGCUGUCACAUUCUAUGUUUCUACUACAAAUAGGACUGUAUAUAAAAAAUAUUCUUGUAGUAUGUACAUGUAAAUACGAGACUGUAUGCGGUGUGAAAAGGUAUAACGUGGCCAGUGAUCAUUGAUUAGAUAUGCAAUUAAUUUUGGUCCGAAUUUGAAUUCGGACGAAUUUUGGCAAUUCGGAUGCUUCCUAAUGUCCGAAGUGCUGAACUUCGGAAGUGCAGAACCCAAGUGCUUUGGAUUUCUGCAAAGGGGCAAAACAGGAGAGGGAGGGGAAAUUGAGGUAAUGAUGACAGGAAUCUAACCCUAACCCCACCACUAACCCUCCCCCUACAAGAGGUUGGGGUUAGGCUAGGAGUAGGGUUGGAGCUAGGUUAGGGUAGGUUUAGGGUUAGAGUUAGGGUUGGGGUUAGAUUAGGGGUAGGGUUAGGCUUAGGUUAGUGGUAGGGCUAGGCUUAGGGGAUUGCCGAAGUCCCAAAUUAAAUUUUUUGCCCAUGCACAUCCCUAUCAUUGAUAGAAAGUUCACUGUAUGAAGGAGGUUAGUAUUCUAAUGAUUUGGUAAACAUAUAUACAACGGCAAUAAGUAACAUAAAUAUUAUUAUAUUAAUAGCUUUAAUUAAUAGAUCGUGUUCUAAAUAAGCUCAAUGGCUUAUUACAUUGUCCCAGCAAAUAGAUGUAUCCAAAGGCAUUAUAGCACGAGUGACAAUCAAAAUAGUUAAAAUCUAAAAAUUAAACCCCUAAACAAGGGGGGAAUUAUUAACUGAUGAACACUUUAUAUUGAUAUAACCAUAAAAUUGAAAUUGAAAGGGAACAACUUUCCUCUUAUGGAAAAAUAGAACAUCCAACGCUACCUUGACUUUUAGAUGUUACUGUAUGAGUUCUGUUUGGAUGGGUGAUCUGACAUGUGAAUGACUUUUUGUGAAUAUUUAUUAAAGAAACUUAAUGUACAGAUUAUAAGUUUCCUAGAGACAUCGAAUACUAGAGUGAAUAAAAAAGUAAAGUGUGAUACUGAUGGCUAAAUCCAUCAUCAAAGAGGUAAGACAUGAAUUUCGUCUGGAAAAAUUACUUUAAAUUUUCUAUCAUUUUACCCAGUGCACAGCCAUAGUACAUCAGAAUUAAUAAAAAAUCACUAUGUUUGGACAUAACACAAAAGGUCUUUGCAUAAUAGGGCUUUUGUCACUUGCAAUUAUCUUUCAAUUUACCUACAUCUUCACAGCCAGCAUGUCUCCAUGUAGAUCUGGGGGAAAUUUGGACAAACCUUGCUUCAAUCUGUAUAAAAAAUUGAGGCAGACCAUGCCUUCAUUCAGUGAUAUGACCACAAAUAUACUGCAGGCACGGCAAUGUUUACCUUGCAGGGUUAACAUGCUUCUAUUGGCAGUCUCCCUGACAGCCACUAGAGGCGCUUCCACCCAUAUAGCGGCUUUUUCAAUCAGAUGAUCUCAUAGAGACCGUUUUGAUUGGCGCAGCUCUGCCUAUGGGGAAACAUUGGAUUGUCUCAGACCUUCUACAUCGAUGAUCUCACGUAAAGUAAAUCUCACCUUUCAAACCCUCACACGGUGGGGACUGGGCACUAAAAUAUAGGUAGUUAAAGACUAUAGUGUUAGGAACACAUGUUUGGAGUAACUGGAAAGAGUCUGUCUUUAGGCAUGCUCAGCUCUUUCUAAAUGCUCCAUUCUGUUGCACAAUUCAUAAGGAUUGAGGUUGCAGGAAAAUAUGAGCCUCCGACUGUCAAACUAAUUUAUGAUGAGUGCUCACUUUGAGAAGAACAAUUCAUGCAGAGAUCUGUGAGUUUUGUGCUCAAAAAAAUCAUUCAUUUAUACAUGACCCCUAGUCAUGAAGCUGGCAACUCUCUCUUGUUUAUGGGGUGGAUCUGGAAGAAUGCUGAAGGGGAUUAUUGCAGGAUACGUUAGAUAACUCCUAUAAUUUUCUAAUAGCCAUUUAUGUAACAGAAUGGUCAUAGAAAUGACCACUAAAUUCUUCCAGACCACUUCAUCUCAGUGGGUACAGUGAUCCUGUACUUUUAACCCUUUAAUGUAAAAACCAUUACUGUUUUGUAAUGGAUUAAGCAAGCCUCUAGUGUAAUGUGCAUGAAUUCUCCAAUCCAUAGCUUUUCUAUGAGAAGCCUUGGAUUGGACGAGAUCCCAGGUGACAUUAGCUUGCUUGCUGACAUCACCGGAGGCUAGAUUGGAAGAGUCUCAGCGCUGGAAGUGAGAUGAGUAAUAUUUUUUUUAGAAUAUUUUUUAAAUGGCAAAGGGGGGCAGUUUGUACAUUGCAAUAAAGAAAAUGUCUGCAAACUCUUUUCUGAGUGCAUUCACUAUAGUUUAAAUGUGCAGACUUGUAAAUUUGAUUGCUGCAGAUCUGUGGGAUUUACUCAUGCAUAAAAUAAAUUCGGACCUCCUUGAAAUGAGGCAAAGAAAGAGAAAGAAACUGCACUCAAUUCACUACAGACACUGGAUGCGUAACUGAACCGAGGGCCAGCACAAUCCCAUAGAGUAGAUACCAGUGUUAGAGAGAAGGUCCAGUCACUCCAAUGUCUUCAGGCACCUUCAUUAGAACAUGUGGGGGUCGAAACGUCGCAGCACUUGACAAAGACCCCUUGGGGGGUCAAAAUGGUGCAGUGUUCCACAGGUUGUUAUAAAAUGUGUCUAAAGACAUUGGAGCGCCUGGAUCUUCUGUCUAACACUCCUUGAAAUGAGGGACAUUUGGACAGAAAAAAAAUGAAAGAAGAGGUAUUGGAGAUUUAUCAUAUAGUGAGGGUUGUGUAGAAGUAUAUUUUAGUGAAUGGUUUGUAAACCUAUGGAUGUAUGUAAGUAGCUGCAUAGUAAGGGUGGUUUAUAAAAAUGAAGAUUGGUGAAUAGUGAGGGUGUGAAAAUGAUUGUUUUAUUAUAAGGCAUGUGCAAAAGUGAAUGCUGGAUAUAAUGAUAAGUGUUUGAGAGUGAAGGUGUAUAGUUAUGGUGUGUGAAAGUGAAGGUUUGUGUAUAGUAAUGGGAUGUGUGCAAUAGAAGACUGGUCUACGGUGAUGAGUUUGUAAAACUGAUGGUUGUGUAACAGUGAAAGCGAUACAUAGAGGUGCGUGCUAACCUGAAAUCAGUUGUGAAGGGCCUCGUCCAAUGAUUAAAUGAUAAGGUUUUGAAUGGACCAGUAGGGACUCUUGUAGCUUAUGAAAAUGUUCUGUGAUCAUAUUCUAUUUAAUAUCGCAACAAAAGAAGUGCCUUGCCAGUUCUGAUUGUCUUCCAGGCUGUCUGUUUAUACUUUGUCCAGGUAACGCAUUUAAAUAACCUGUCUGAUUGUUUAAUAUUUCAGUGGAAGACCUUGAAACUGAAGAUGUAAAACCUGAAUCGGGAUUGCCAUUUGUUCCAAAUUAUUUAGCAAAUCCACCUUUUCCGUACAGUUAUAACAGAGAGUCGUCUUCCAAGGAAGCAUAUUCUACCACGUCCCAUUCUGAAAAUGGCGGCUCCUGCUGCGCUCCCCAGUCCACAGCUAGCUUCCCUUUGGUCACCAACGGAAUGGAAAAUAUACACAUUUCUACCUCAUCAAAGAAAGAAGACACUUUGCCAGCAUUAUUCUUUAAUGGUGAUGUCCAGAUUCCACAAGAAUGUACGCACUCUCCCGUACCCAAUGGAUCCUCCUGUCAGCCUUCAAUAUCCCAAGGCAGGAGCAUGUUUUCCUCUGUCCCAUCUAAUUUGCAGCACGGCAGCGUCCACACUGGACCUAUGCAAGUAUUUCAGCCAUUUUUUUUUACUGGAGCCUUCCCGUCUCAUCUGAAAGGUAAUUUACAAGUUUCUUAUUUAAUGCAUUAUCCAAACCACAUAACCAUCUGUUUAACGUAGAAGUUCUAAGAAAAGCCUCACGUAGUGUAUGCUUUUAGGAAAAACACUUAGGUUGAAACACAUCCAUUCAUAUCUGCUUUGGUUGGCAAAAUUUUGAAACUUAAUUUGUUAACUUUAUUUAGUUUUAUCUUUGCGGACCAACUUUCCUGCCUUACUGCUCUGCUCUAGGAGGGGAAGCUGAUUGGUGCAGCGUGGAGGUCACCACGCAUGCACAGUAGGCCCGCAGUGUUUCCCUUUUUUUUUUUGAAAAUCUGUUUAUUGAAGAAAAGAGAGGGUUACAGAAAGAAUUCGGCUCGCAGGCCUACUUAGAAGACAAGGGUAUUGUAGCGAUAUUUCCAUGUUUUGAGUCACAUUUAUUUUGUGCCCACGUAACCAAGUCUCCUGACAGGAUUUAAUUACAGCGAUAAGUUACGUAACUAACAGUAGGCGUACAUAGGAUAACAGAAAGGUAAAGUAUGUAGAGUGACAACCGUCACUGUUUUGGCGUACGUACAUAUGUAUAGUAUGUAACAUCCUUAUUGCUAGUAAGCGGUCUUUUAACAUAAAGCGUGGCUCUAAGUCGGGUGCCUUCAUAAGACACAGUAUACCUUGUAGCAGGAGUGCCUAAUAAUAGGCUGGACAUAGUUAACUAGCUCCUGGCAUGAAAGGAGCGUAGGUGCUUUGGUCUUAAGGUUAGGCUUGGUUAUUCUAUGGGUGUGUUCCCAUGUCCCGCAAUUCGAUGUACCGAUAAUAGUGCCAGUAUUAUGUAUUCCUUUUUUUUUUAUUUUUUUUUGGUUUUCUUGACUCUUGGCUUCCCCCUCCUCCCCCUGUCCCCCAGGCGUGUGCAUUGUGUAUUAGACAUGUAAGAGGGGUCAGCAUGGGAAAGAGAGUCGAAAAGGGAGAAAAGAAAGUAGCGGUCCUAUCAGGUUCCCCUCCCCCUCCUUGUCCCCAUGUCGCGCCCCGUGGGUGCCCAGUGGUUAUAGUCGCGUGCGAGAAGGGAGGUCUCGGUUGGGUCACGUAUUUUCAGCGUUUCGGAAUGUGUGUGGGAGGGUUGGGUCGGCGGGCCAAUGUUGGUUUCAUCUGCCCAGGGAUUAUAUUUCCAGUGAUGGAGUGGUCCCAACCCCCAUGGCUUUGGCGGGGUAGGCGCGUGAUCUGUCUCCCCGUCCACCGUCACUCCCUCCCCCCUCACGAGACCUUUAGUGCCCUCCAGCCUGGUAGAUGAACCAUGGUUGCCACAUCUCCGCGUGCCUGGUCCCCCGACCCGUCAGGGAUGCCUGUAGUGCUUCCGCCAACUGUAUGUCUCCGACUCUGUUUCGCCAUUCUGCAACCGUGGGGACCUCAGUUCGUUUCCAAUAUACAGGGAUAAGGGCUUUAGCUGCAUUCAGUAGGUGACGUAGGAUGGACUUCUUGUAACCUGAUAUGGAUCGCGAGGUGAUGUGCAGGAGAACUAGUUCCUUGGACCAUUCCGUGUCCUCCCCUAGUACCUCCUUGAUUUCAGACCGGAUUCGUUCCCAAUAUGGGAUAAUGAUCUUACAAUCCCACCAAAGGUGUAUGAUCGUGCCUCUCUCCUCCUGACAUCUCCAGCAUGUUGGGGACGCCGUUGGGAAGAUCCUGUGUAGGGCAACUGGUGUUCUAUACCACAUGGAUAUCAGUUUAUAGUUUACUUCCUGAUAGUGUGAGCUGGAGGAACUCUUGUGUUGCCAUAAAAGUGCUGCGUCCCACUGUGGUUGCGAUAUCGGUCCGCCCAUUUGUUCUUCCCAUUGUCUCCUGAAGGUGUUGUUAGUUGGGGUAGCUCCCAACAGCAGGUGUUGGUAUAGCAGUGAGAUUGCUUUGUCGAGUGUGGCUCCUCGUUGGCAAAGACCCUCAAACCAUGUGAGGUCUCUAUGUAGGUGUUCCCUGCGUGGAAUGGAUCUAUAGUAGUGUGUUAGUUGCAGGUAGCGGAGGGACGCCAUGGGCGUAUUAGGUCUGUCGGCCAUUAAUGUGUUUAGGGGUCGAAGUGCCCCUUCUUGAAGGACCGUUCGAAUCGGGAUGUAGUCCCCCUCCUCCAGAAAUAUCCAGGCCUUGGCCGAAAUGCCUCCCGCCAGAUUUGGGUUGGGGACUAUGGGGAGCAGGGGGCUGGGGGUCGGGGACACAUGGCUGGUUUUCCGUAUCGUUGCCCAAGUCUUUAGCGUCUGCGUCGUCGGGUUCCCUGCUCCUUCGCCAUCGCGACAUCUCGUUCCCCCUUGCCAUACCGCCGCUUUAAGUGUGGCCCGUGAUUCUCCCCCAUCCAGGACGACCCAUUGUUUUGGGGAAUCAGCCGCGUGCCACUCCAGGAUUCGUUGAAGUGUGGUGGCUUGGUGGUAUCUUUUGAAGUCCGGGAGCGCCAGGCCACCUCCCAGUCUAGGUAGGCAAAGUACGUUAUGGCGUAGUCGAGACUUCUCCCCUCUCCAGACAUAUCUAAUUACCGCCGAUUUCAGGGUGGAGAAGAAGGUUGUCGGUGGUGCCACUGGUAUUGUCUGAAAUAGGUAGAGGAUUCUCGGGAGCACGUUCAUCUUGAUUACUGCGAUUCGUCCGUGCCAGGUGAUGUGCGGAUAUGCCCAUCUGUCAAGAUCUGAGGUUACCUGUCGCAGGAUGUUGGCAAAGUUAUGUCGAUAAAGUUCCUGCGGGUUUGUGGUGAUCCACACUCCAAGAUAUUUCAUUUUCUCCGCGUACCAGCGGAAUGGAAAGACUGUUCCCAAUUCCAGGUAUUCUUCCGGUGGAAAGGUUAGAUUAAGUACUUCACAUUUUGAAAGAUUAAGUUUAAAUCCUGCGAUUUUCCCGAAUUUUUCGAAUUCUAGCAGUAAGCAGGGCAUCGUGACUCGUGGGUUAGAGAUAAAGAAGAGAAGAUCGUCCGCGUAUGCGGCCACCUUAUGCUCCGUUCCCCUCCAAUUGUAUCCCGAGAUGUCUGGGUUAUGGCGGAUCGCGUGUAGUAGUGGUUCCAUAGUCAUUGCAAAUAGUAGUGGCGACAAGGGGCAUCCCUGUCUAGUUCCAUUUUGAAUCUCGAAGCCGGAGGUAAGGGCCCCGUUCACCCGAAUAGAUGCGUGUGGUUUAUCAUACAGGGCAGAGAUCCACGUCAACAUGUUCUGUCCUAGGCCCAUGGCCCUCAGUGUGUCCAUCAUGUAUGACCAGUUAACACGGUCAAAGGCCUUUUCGGCGUCCGUGGAAAGGAGUAAGAUCUUGUCCCGCGUCUCCCGUGCUCUGUGUUGUAUGGAGAAGAGGCGCAGUGUACUGUCUCGCGCCUCCCUCCCCGGUAUAAACCCCGUCUGGUCUUCAUGGAUCAGGCUUGGCAAUAUACGUUGUAGCCUAGUUGCUAGUACCUUCGUGAGCAGUUUCGUAUCCACGUUUAGUAAGGAUAUUGGUCGGUAACUGCUACACUGUUCCGGGUCUUUCCCUGGUUUGAGCAGGACCGUGAUAGUGGCGGCUAGUGAUUCCGCUCCGAAUCUUUUCCCCUCGGUGAUGGUGUUGACCGCAGUAGUUAGUUGAGGUAGGAGAGUUGAGGAAAAGCGUUUGUAAUAACCUAUGGAGAAUCCAUCAGGUCCCGGUGCCUUGCCCGCCUUAGCGCUCUUCAAGGCUGCGGCCAUUUCCUCAAUGCUAAUCGGUUCGUCCAGCGUAUUCGCUGCUUCCCGUGAUACCCGGCUACCUACGUUGUCUUGUAGGUAUUCUUGGAUAGGUGUGCUGGCGUGGUUUCCCAUCGUCAUAUUUCCAGGGCCAUGUAGAUUAUACAAGGCGUGGUAAUAUCGUUGGAAUUCAUUGGCGAUGUCCUCAGGGAAUUGGGACACUGUCCCUGUUUGUAGACGUAUUUUAUGUAUCCGUGUGCGGGGGGUAUCGCCUUUCAGGACGCGGGCUAGGUAUUUGCCUCCUUUGUUAGCAUGGAUAUAGAAAAAGUUCUUGGAGUGUUGUAGUGAGCGGUAGUAUCGUUUCGUGAGAAGAUCUUUCAGUCUGCGUCGGGCAUCUGUCAGGUCUUGUCGGACACUGGCAAGUUGGUUUUGUUUGUGUUGGAGUUCCAGCUUUGAGAUAGUCCCAUAUAGGUCCGCCAUUUCCUGCAUGGUUGCCUUCCGUCGUCGAGAGGCUAUUUUUAUAAGUAUACCGCGGAUGGUACUCUUAUGAGCUUCCCAGAGUACAAUUGGAGAGGUGUCUGACACAUCAUUUUCUUCGAAGUAAAGGUCAAGAGCUCGUGCAAUUUCGUUUUCCACCUCGGGGUCCUGUAGCAAGGAUUCGUUCAGACGCCAGGUCCAUGUUGCCGGUUUGAACAGUGGCGAUUCCAGUUCCACUGUAACCGGACCGUGAUCCGACCAUGUAGCGGGGUCGAUUGUGGCCUUCUUCAGUCGCGACAGGCCUUCCUGUUGGAUUAGUACGUAGUCAAUCCGCGAGUAGCGGUUGUGAAGUGCGGAGUAGUGGGUGUAAUCUUUGACAUCCGGGUUGAGUACUCUCCAACAGUCCACCAGUCCCAAGUCACCCAUCGACUUACGUAUCGAGUGGAUGCUAGACAUAGGUAUAUAACAGUGUCCCGUGGAUGUGUCCAUCUGAGGGUCCAACGGGGUAUUGAGAUCGCCCCCCACAAUGAGUGUGCCCUCCGAGAAUCCGCUCAGUUUGUUCAUUGUUCUCCGAAGGAAACGUGCCUGGUUUUUGUUGGGCACAUAAAUGGAAGCCAGGGUGUACAUUCUGUCCGCUAUCGUGCCUUUUAGGAAGAGGUAUCUCCCUAGCUUGUCAGUUACCUUAUCUAGUUCUUUGAAGUCCAGUUCUGCUGCAAGGGUGAUAGCGACUCCUGCUUUACGGGUUGUGGGAUGAUUGCUGAAGAAGGUGUUGGGGUAUUGCCGAUUACGGAGUUUAGGCGCGGACCCCUCGAGGAAGUGAGUUUCCUGGAGCAUCGCUAUGGAGAUUCGUUUUUUCCGUAGUUCACGAAGCAGAUGGGUGCGUCGUUCCGGCACGUUCAGGCCUCGGCAGUUGAGAGCCAUAGCAGCUAGCGGAGCACCGAGGUACGCCAUCGUCAAUCCGCCAGCCAGGAGGGGGCACGCGGAGAUCCCAGCACCAGGUCUUAUAUUACAGCUAGCUGGAGGCCUGUCCACGUUCCCUCAAAGUCACCCAGUGAUCAGUCCACAGUGUAGCCGCAGGUGCGGUGGGUCGAUUAGCGUGGGAUCAACGAGUGCGCAGGGCUCCCACCCCGCGACCGGUGCUAUGUCAGGACGUCAGGCACUUCAGGUUGCGGGUCGAUAUGUCCUUAUGUGGUAGGCUCAGAGCGACUAGGGUAGUAGGGGCGAUAAGUGUACUCACACGCGGAGCACACCCUUGAGUCGGGGGGGGGGUUGUCACAGGUCCGUCAAAGUAGGUUGUAGAGUGAGGAAAGUGUGUGGGUUAAAAAAGUGGGGAGUUAUAAAGACCCCCAAGUAGAGGUGGCCCCGAGAAGGGGAAAGGAAAGUGUCCACCUCGGUCCUCCUUUGUGGAAAGGAGGGUGUAGCCGUGCGACGGCGGGAGGUGCCCGGGCCCACCCCGGUAACCAGACCGAUGUGUGGGCCUGUGGGAAGCCCCGACGUCUAAAACUGUGCACGGUUUUUGUUAGGGGUUAGCAGCCCCGCCCCAAUCCUUCUUGGGCCGAAAGUGAGAGUGUUGUAACCGAUCAAUACUAACCAGCUCCCCCCCGCCGGCCCUCCAGCCUGGUGCCGGUAUCGGUACAUGGAAAGCCAAACAUAUAAACAGUAGUAUACAUACAUUUCAACAUUGUAACAUAUGAGGACAAUACCCAGAGUCCAAUCGGCUUGCCCCCUCCACCGUCCCGUCUCCCGCCCUCCCCGAUUCCCCGGACCUGGAUGCGCCUCCUGCAUCCUGGACGUUAGUCAAUGAAAAACAAGUAACGUAUAAGUGACAUCAUCACGAACAUUAGGCAUGCAUACAUAAUAUGAGGUUAUUAUUAUGUCUCAUUCCCCUUCCCCCUUCCUUUUCCUACUUUCCCCCCAUCUGUCUUCCCUCCCCCCUCUCUGUUUACCCUUUGUGUGGCAAUUGGGGAAUAUAUUCAAUACUGUGUCUGCGAGAUAUGGCCCGGGUGUCUUCUAUGUCCCAGUACUAUCCCCCUCCACUUCUAAAUAUGCUAAAUCCUCCUAUCUGUUUCUGCGGGUGUGUUGUGGCGAGUGCCCCCUACUCCUGGGUAUGGCAGCCCAUCAAAUGACUAUCCAGAGUAUAAUGUGCCCCACCCUCUUAUCUGCUGGUACUUAACGGAGGGAAAAUAUCACGUGGUGGAGCAUGGCUUAACUAAUGAAAGGCCUGCAAGAUCCAGGGAGGUGUCAUGUAUAAGGCUAUUGAUGCGUCUUAUUCCCUGUGUGUUGUGCAGAUACUAUAACCAUUAAUUCUAGGUGCAAAACAUGCAGAUCAGUGGGGUCGAGCUUAACCAUUAGCUUAUGUGCAGGGGUAGUGUCCUGUACCGUAAAACCGUGGUGGGCUUCUCCUGAGUUGCCAGCUGAUGCUGGGGAUUCCGUUCCUCGUGUGAUGGAGCUUCGUGUAGUGGUGUGUGUUCAUCCCCCAAAGUACUUAGCUCGUCAUGUCAUCUAGAGCUUGUGUUAUGCCGCCCUCAUCCGUUUGGUACGGCAGCUCCACUUGUUUCGUAUAACGAGUGCCCCCCAGUUUCCCCACCCCAAACCUUAUUCCCGUGUGAUGGUAUGGCAAGCUGUGUUCGAGCUCAGUCUCGGCAGGAAAAAAGAAAAAAAAGAAAAAAGAGAAAAAUAUACAUGUACGUUACAUCUUCGUUAUCCAGCUGUGUAGGUCCCCGGAUCGUCCAGCAGGGUAGCAUGUUCCGUGAAAUCUAUGGCAAGUGCAGGUCUCCCAGGUGGGGGCGAGGAUCAGGGAGACGUGCCCGGCGGGGGCGGCGACAUGACCGCUUAUUCUGGUGCCUCCUGGUUGUUGCGCCUUCGUUGCGCUGGUCCCUGUGGCGGUCCUCCUCCUCGCCUCCUGGGUGCUCUUUGCGGCUGUGGUCUCCCCCCUAGGGGGCCCAGGAUCCAAUCAGGGACCGAGAUAUGCGGUAGAUCCAUUUCUUCCAGAAAUCUCGGAAUCUCCUCGGGCCAGCGUAUGGAGGACCAUCCAUUCUGGUGGCGGGCCAACAAGGCAAAGGGGUAGCCCCAUCUGUAUUGGAUAUUCCUCUCUUGAAGGGCUGCUGUUAUGGGCUUCAGUGCCCUUCUGGCCUCUAAUGUGAUGGGGGAGAGAUCAUUAAAUAGGGAUACCAUUGUGUCCCUAAAAUUCCAGGUAGGCCUGGAUCUGGCCGCCUUCAUGAUGGCGUCUUUGUCACGGAAGGAGCUGAGGCAGCAUAUUAUAUCCCUCGGGUUGUCGUCCGACGGCCUGGGGCGUAGUGCUCUGUGUGCCCGCUCAUAGCUGAAUGUGUGUGGGGCAUCCGCUCCCAGGAUCAUGCGAAAGAUGUCAUUGAGGAUGUUUUCAAUAGUUUCCCCGUCUGAUUCAGGGACCCCACGGACCCUAAUGUUGCAUCUUCUCCCCCUAUUGUCCAGAUCCUCUAUUGUUCUCCUCAUGUGUAGGAGCAUUUCCCCCUGGCGUGCAAGGGCUGUAUCGGUCGCCUGCAGCCUAGUGGCCUGGGUUUCCUGGGAGUGUUCCAGGCUUUGUAUGCGGCCUGUAUGAGCAGUUACUUCUGACCUGAUUCCUGCAAUCUCGGCUCGUAGGGCGUCCUGUAUGGAGGUGGUAUGUACCAGGAGGUCUGCUUUUGUGGCCAUGGCAGCAGCCAUUGAUCUGAUCUCCUCCCCGAUCCCCUCUAGUGUAGCGCCACGAGGUUCUCUGGGGGACUGUUCUGCCGGCGCCAUAUUGGAUCCGCUGGCCUCCCCGCUCAUGUCGGCUUGGCUGUGGAGGAAACCGUCCAUCGGGCCGUGAGUGUGCCCUAUCUGGGAGCCCCUCGGGGUCUGGGGGGCAUCAGUGCGACGGUGGCGUCCCAUGUGUGCGGAGAGUUGCUGAUUAAUAGGCUGUGGUAGGUGCCGGCGGGUCGGAGCUCACUCUCUAUGCGUCCAUCUCGCUCGGAGCUCAGGCCACGCCCCUCGCAGUGUUUCCCUUUGGGGAAGCAUUGGAUUAGCUGAGAUCAUCACUGAUAAUCUCAUCCGGGGGCGGAGUGUUGGCCACAGCAAGACCACCACGUAUUGAGUAAAUUAAACAAUUUUAUUAAUGUCUCAAGGCGAGAGGCAUAACUCUAAUUCAACAGGAGUACCUCUAACUUUAAAAAUACAACUUUGUAUUCCUAACGUUAGAGCGCUCAUUACAGGUCAAGAGAAAAGCCGCCAUAUGCCAAUAAAAGGUUAACAAAUAACACGGAUCUGGUUUAUUACGAAAUAGAUGAAUCAUUUUAACCUUUGGUCCAAUUGAGUGUCAAUUCCCCUGCAUUCACCUUGCGGGAACAUUCAGGGAUCGUAGUUUUCAAGGCCCCAUGACUUCAAAUCACGAAAUAUCAGAGCAAAAUACAUCCGAUGGUAAGAUAACUUUUUUUUAUAUGUGUUGCAUUACCAUGGAGCUUCUUCGGAAGGAUCACAGAGGACCUAUACAUACAAUAUAGUUCAGUUUUAAACAUGUUGCUAAUUUUAGGAUUAAGCUAGGAAUAGAAUAAGGAUGUCACUAUUUCUGCUGUUUUAGCCGUUUGAUAUAAAAAAAAUUUGUUCAUUUAUUUUUAAACUGAAAUUUAAUUCUGUAAAUCUAUAUCUUAGCCAUGAUCUAUUUUUAAUUCAUUAUUUGUUAUGAUAUCAGUGAUAUUAGUAAAGUGGACAUUUAUCUAGGGGCUCUUUUAUGAAGUGCCCUCUAGUGGCUAUCUAAUAGACAGCCACUAGGGGAGGACUUAACCCUGCAAGGUAAUUAUUGCAGUUUAUAAAAACUGCAAUAAUUACACUUGCAGGGUUAAGGGUAGUGGGAGUUGGCACCCAGACGACUCCAAUGGGCAGAAGUGGUCUGGGUGCCUACAGUGUCCCUUUAAAAGAAAAAUGUUUUUAUUUUUAUUAUUAUUAUUGAGUUUACAAUACACAAAUAAGUGAGAGUCAAAAAAACAAAAAUCGCCUGUGAACGAGUGUCCCCACAUAAAGAGACUGCAUGACAAUAAUAGAAGCUUCCAAACACUGUUGAUAUUCCAGCCUUUAAAAUGGCAAAAAUGCACAUUCUCCAUGAGGGACACCGCUUCUUGUGUAUUUGUAAUGCACAUAUAUAACUUAAUAUCCCUCAAUAACCACUCCAGCUGGCUGGUUCCCUGGCAGAGCCCCGUGGUGAAAUGCCAGCUCACACCCUCAACCAAUGAAUAAUGUUACAGUACAGUAUGAGUUAGUAUGAAAAUGGGGAGCAGUAAACUUCUGCUUCACCACAUCAAACUGGGGUACAAUUAAUGCCCAGCCGGGGGUAGGUAAGUGUCAAACUGUUCUCAAGUCGUUUACAAUUUACCAUCAAACCAAUCCAUGGUGGAGCUGUGAAAUUUUGACAUCAGUGAUAUUAAAAUAAAUUCUGACCUCCUUGAAAUGAGGCAAAGAAAGAGAAAGGAACUGCACUCAAUUCACUACAGACACGGGAUGCAUAACUGAACCGAGGGCCAGCACAAUCCCAUAGAGUAGAUACCAGUGUUAGAGAGAAGAUCCAGUCACUCCUUCACCCACUCCCAAACGCCAUCCAAGAAUUCUCUCCUUCACCAUCUUUGUUUAGCUCUAGAUCUGCAAUUCCUUUUGGAGAGCUAUGUCCCCUCUGGACCAUUGAAAAUGGGUUUCUAAAUUUCAAUGGAUUUUGGGUCCUGGUCUUCUGAAGACCAAGCUUCUCAGCGCGCGCGUGUAUGUGUUUGUUUGUGUUUCCCUUUGAGUUGCGAAAUCGAUAUCUGAACUCCUUCUAGUGUCCAUCAGAGGGAGAAACUAUCUGCUAUGCUUCCUUUAGGAAGGUUCCCAGGGCUAUGGACACUGACUGUUCUGUCACCGUAUUUAGUUCUCUUUUCUAGUUUUUCUAGCGUUUAAUUUUUAAAUUUUUUUUUUUAAUCUAAACUUUGUUUUUGCUAUCUAAAUAUAUUGCAGCUUAUAAUUUUGAUAAAACUGUUCACAUGUUAUUUUUAUGCACUGUCAUUAAUAUAUAGCCUUAUUCUGUAUAGCUACUUAAAAAAAAGAUUAAUAUGGCUGCUGCCAUAGUUAGGCAACUAGGAAUUUUGUCCUUGCACUUGGGUGUUUGUCAGCCCGUUCAACACUGCUUGCACCGAUGUCUGCUUGUGCAGUGGUGGAAAUACAGGGGUCACAGGGUGUGCGACCUGGCCCUCUGUGUUUCACCUGUCAGAGGGUGGCCCAAGAGCUGGCCACCAUAGGGCCCCCCGAGGUGGACGGCGAGGGAGCUGUAUUCCUACUGCUCUUCUUGCUCUGCGACCUUGCCCAGCCUGCUCUGAUGCCGGGAGCCGGAAUAUGACAUCACUCCGGCCCGGCAUCAUGACUACAAAAAGCCAAGUGCAAAAAACUGUACAUUGCGUAAAACAUCUGGUGUGUCACAUCAGAUUUUUAAGUUAAAUGCCCAUAACGUUUGGUUUUAGUAUUCUUUAUGUGUAAAUACAAACAUGUAUUCCUGACACUAUAGUGUUAAACUAACUAGGUUACGAUCCCACCUCCAAUCUCACAGAAAAGGUGUUUUACUCACUUUUGUCCCAUGCUGCGCUGAUCUUACCGCGGCUGGCCCCGUCUCCAUAGCUGAGAUUAUCAAUUUUGAUCAAUUUAGCUAAUCUAAUGCUUUCCUUUAGGAAAGCAUUGGGAGGCUAUUGCGCAUGCAUGGCAAAACACCAUGCUGCGCCAAUCAGCAUCUCCUCAUAGAGAUGCAUUAGAUUAAUGCAUGCCUAUGGGGAGCGUUCAGCGUGUCCAUGCAGCACUGUAAAAAGAAUCCGCUAUAGUGGCCAUCUGAGUGACUGUCACUAGAGGCGUUACUAGGCCUUUUCUCUGAAAAUUUUCUCUUUACAUUGAAAAACCUGCAGGGACAGAAUAUAGACACCAGAACCACUACAUUUAGUUAUAGUGGUUCUGGUGACUAUAGUGUCUGUGACGAACAGCAUUUCACCACAAGCGUUUGGAGGGGCCUGAUUGCCAGCCUCUUGCCCCAGGAUUAUGGCCCAUGCACUAAAACCUUGUCCCCAGAUGGUGAAAGGGCUUGUACGUGCAAGUACCGAACAAAUUGCCCUACGACCGACCACCCGGUAUGUGGAGUGUGCCGCUCAUCAGCCUCCCAGAAGAUGCGGUUUGCGGUUAACCGCAGCUUAAUUGACGAACGGCUGGGUGGUCGUCGUUCGUAUGAACGAACAUGUGGCGGCGGCCACCUUUAACUGCCGAAUGCCCAGUGGUGUUUGUCGUUGUCCGCGUGGAACUGUUUUCGGCUACCAUUUCCCACGAACACUGCUGGGACAUCCAAACUUUCCAUCCGUUCGUCUAUAUACAUACGAACGCCGCGUCGUUCGUUAGUUUCACACUCACGAACUAGACUGACCCUAUGAUUAAAAACUGUGGAACUAAUGCUGGGUUGAAUUCUGCCGAACAGCCAUUGAGACAACUUUAACCCCAUGGCGAUCCAACUGUAUUCGUGAGAUCUGAGCACGUUUCGGACAUAUUGAGCGCUCAGGUCCAAGCUAUCUGGGGAUAUGUUGGACAUAUAGCUUAAACAUUGUAUUAUAUGAGUUAUGUAUUUUUAUGUGGUUUUUGUUACAGUUUUUGACUUAGAGAUAUUUCCUGUACCUGGAAAUUAUUAAGUUACCACAGCCACUUAAGCCAAUUAGCUCCAGGAUAGAGUGGAGGGUUUUGUUUUGAUUGGUUUAUGCUCCUUUUGUUCCUAUGUUCCAUCAGGUCCAGGGGGUGUGCCUGUGGCCUGGAAAUGUGUAAAUAAGAAAUGCAAGUUGCUCAUUAAACCAGUUCUACUUGACCUUCAACUCGCAGCCUUGACUUGUGUUUGGAGGGGACAGCUAUAAUCACUACAGGGAUUGCUAUGCUCUUCAUACUCCCUUAGCUUCACUGAGCUCUUGUAAGAUCUUGUUCCUGUUCCUGCUUCACCCAUUGGGGAAAGAGAGGUUCACUCACUGGAACCUGGAGCCUUGUCGUAGGUCCGGGGUGGGUAGGAGACGGCAAGACCCCAACCAAGCCGCGGCGGUUCAUGGGGUCUGUGGUGGUUAUGGUGUCUGGUCUGGUGCUGAUGUUCCUUGGUGAGCGCUAGGAGCAUCCUUCUACGGUCCAACCCUCAGCUAGCCUGGGGCAACCGUAACAGUGUCUCUUUAGGAAUUGUAUUUUUGUUGUUGAAAAUUAAGCUUUGUUUAAUAAAAAAUUUAAAAAGUCUCCUAACUUUUUUUAGCUGGCACCUAGAUUCCAAGCAAAUUUGUCAGGCCCUGGUUUAGACACCAGGAAACCCCACAAAUAAAGUUACCACCAAUAGCUCGUCCCUGAGUGCCCUAGCUGUUAGAACCAUGCCCUGAUACCAUGCUCUAAAAGGUUAAAUGUUUGGCCGAGUUCCGAGCCAAUGAAUAGUUCCAUGCAGCCAUCCUGAGCUGGCAGGCUGCAUUGGAGCACUCAACCAGCACAGAUAGGCGACCUGGUGGUCAGAUUUCAGAUUGCUUGGUCUGGAAGUGUCUGCUAGGAGAAAGCAAGAGCCACGGCAGGGUGAUUAUCAGUCUUUUCUGCUUAGUUAGUAAAACCUCGUUAUUGGACUCCUAUGACAGCACUGAGACCGGGCCUGGGAUCACCGAUAUUUUUACAGACACCGACAACUCAAAAAUGGAAAACUUCGAACUUCAAAUACUCGUAGGCACUAAUGCCAAAACAACUGUCCACUAUGUAUAGAAUCAACAUGAUACCAAUCAUGACUGAAUUGGAAUACCUUCUCACUGGAUGGUAAAACCUCCCUUUGACUAUAUCGGGGAGUGUCACCUUACUAAAAUCUGUAAUAAUACCAAGGCUUCUUUUUCAAAACAUGGAGUGACAAUGGAAACCUCAAACCAUGCCACAAAAGUAACCCACAUGGAUCUUAGCUGCAGUACGUAAUAGUAUACUGCACAAUUGGAUCGAUCCAUGCCCUCCCUCAUUAUCGUUACUGCACACUAAGCUAUCUUUAUUUUAUAUGGACUGGGUAGAAACCUCACCAAAUAAAAGUACUUUAACGAAAAAAAUAUUUCUUAUCUGGCAAACAUAUGCUAACACAUUGGAUAGAACUAUCCAAGCGAAAAUGAAAACUACUUUUUUUAUUCAUGGUCUGGUACUUAAACAGGAUAAUAGCAGCAUAAUGCCAACCUUCCAAACCAAGUUAUCACGAAACAGUCAUCCUUAACAGUAAGCUACUCACGAGCUUAACCAGCCAAAACACUGAGAGAGAGCAUGUUUAGUUCAUUUUAAUGUAUUGUUCUAUUUGUUGAACAAUAUUCAUGUCUUUUUAUUUUAUUUUAUUUAUUUUUUUAGAUAUAAUCUAAUGCAUAAUUAAAUAUACUAAACAUUGAUUUAAAAAAAAUGUUUGUAUUUGGGCUGUGGAGUGUCUCUUUUAAGGAUUUACCUGGCAACAUCAAUGUGUCCUCCAGCAAGUCCACAGAUGCUGGGGGAGGUUAGGAGUCUUGCAAUGUAAUGACAAUUAAACCACCAUAUUUUUUUUACAUGUAGUAGGUAUAAGAUAACCAAAUUAACCUCUUCCUGACCGCGGACGUAUCAGGUACAUCCGACAAAAACUGGUCCUUAACUUACCUGAUAUGUCCGCGGCUUAUUUGAGCGCUGGAAGCGAUCAUGAUCGCUUCCAGCCGCUCUGAUGGUAUUGCAGCAAUGCCUCUAUAUCGAGGCAUCAUGCAAUACUUCUCCUUACUGCCGGCUUCUGAUGCUCUGCCUGUGCUGAGUGCCUCGAGGGACUAGGCACUCAGUGAAGAAUUAAGAAAAUCAAAGAAAAUAAUUAAAAUUACAUCAUGGGGCUUCCGGGGGUGUCCAUAGCCUGCCUCAUCAUAGAGGCAGGCUGGGCACAUCCAAUCUGAGCUUGCCCCUAUAACAAUUUUAUUUUAACUAUGAUCCCCAUUUGUCUGAUCAGGUCAGUAUUAGUAAAUAUUGACUCUGAUCAGUUUGGAUCUCCCUCCCUCUCUUCACUUGUGUUUGUUUUACUGAGAGAGGGAGAGAGAUAUGUGUUUUAGGUAGAGAGAUUUAGGUAUUUUUAGGUAGGGAUUUGUAAAAUUGUGAGACCCAAGAGCUCUUUUCCGAGCCAUUAACCCCUAUCUUGCCAGUGAUCACUAUAAUCACUGGCUCUUGCACAGCAGCACUUUUUUGCUGUCUGCAUUUUUUUAAGGGUUAAUUGUAUUUUUUAAAAAAAAUUUUGUGUGACAGAUCACUAAGUAAAGUAAUUGUGAUCAUGUCACAGAGGUCGUAUAGCACUGAGGAGGCGUAUGCCAUCCUUGCGUUAGUCUGACGCGUCUACGUCUGACUCCGACCCUGAUUUUGACUUUGCCAGGUGCUCAGAUACAUCACUAGAUACAGUGUCUGCUACUAGUGAUGUAUCUAGUUAUGUUGUAUCUGUGCCUGCUAGUCCCCCUGCCAGAAGGAGACGUGCUGCUCCAGCUGGCAGUACUGCUGAGGAGUUGGUAGUGCCUCAUCGCCAGAGGCCAGAUAUCCCACCCUUCACUGCAAAUCCUGGCAUCAAUGUGGAUGUUGCAGGAUUUAGCCAUCAGCAUUUUAUGGAGGUGUUUCUGGGCAAUGUAUUGGGGAACAUUGUCGCCCAAACUAAUUUAUAUGCCAAUCAGUUCCGUCCUUCUAAGCCUGAGUCUUUUUUGGCAAAGCAGCAAUGGGCCCCCGUCGACAUGCCAGAAUUUAAAAAAAAUUCUGGGCCUUGACUAUGCUGAUGGGCAUCAUAAAGAAGCCCUCCAUCCGCUCCUACUGGAGCAGUAGCCCCAUCUGCUCUACCCCCACUUACUCCCAGUGUAUUUCGAGGAAAAGGUAUGGAAUGAUUCUGCAUUUCAUUCAUUUCAGCGACAACAGCCUGUGCCCUCCUAGGGAGCAUUCCCAGUUUGACAGGCUGUAUAAAAUCCGCCCCCUGUUUACUCACUUCGCUGCCAGGUUUGCAGAGGCUUAUACACCUGGAAGGAAUAUAUGCGUGGAUGAAUCCCUGAUGAAGUAUAAGGCAAGGCUGGGAUUCAAGCAGGAUAUUCCUUCCAAGCGCUCCAGGUAUGGUGUAAAGGUGUAUAAGCUCUGUGAUUGCGAGACUGGAUAUACUCAGGCAUUCUGGGUGUACGAGGGAAAAGAUAGCCACCUUGACCCUCCAGGUUGCCAAGAACAUAUGGGAACCAGUGGCAAGAUUGUCUGGGACUUGAUAUUCCCCCUGAUGAACAAAGGGUGCCACUUGUAUACUGACAAUGUUUAUACAAGUGUGCCUUUGUUAAAGCUACUGUAUUGUUUUGAUACAGUAGCUUGCGGUACAAUGAAAAAGAACCGCGCAGGUUUCCCAGGACAACUUGCACGCACCCGGCUACGAAGGGGGAGACCUCAACUCUGCUCCAAGAGGAGCUGUUGGCAGUUAAGUACAGAGACAAGAGGGAUGUGUACCUUCUUACCACCAUCCACACUGAGAGGACUGUGGAGGUCUCUGUACGUGGCAGAGCUGAGAGAACAAGGAAGCCAGUGUGCAUCAAGGCCUAUAACCGGCAUAUGGGUGGGGUUGAUCUAGCAGAUCAGCUGCUGCAGCCCUACCCAAUUAUACGAAAGACAAGUGCCUGGUACAAAAAGGUUGCAAUCUACUUAAUGCAGAUUGGAAUCCACAGCGCUUUUUUGUUGUGCAGAAAGGCAAACCCCGGAAUGCAACUGACUUUUUUACAGUUUCAGCUCAAGAUCAUUUCAGGGAUUUGUACCGUGAUGCACCUGCUCCCCAGGCGGUGAUGGGAGAGAGCAGAGUUGGGGCUAUUUUUAAAAUCCCCCCUACUGCGGAAAGCAGAAUCCCCAAAGCAGAGUCUGUUUUAAGAGGGGGCAGAGAAAAGAUACUGAAUAUCACUGUCCUUAUUGCCCUGGACAGCCUGGACUCUGCAUUGGGGACUGCUUUAAACGAUACGACAUGCUGGUCCAUUUUUAGUUAUUUUUUUAACAUUUGCUGUUCAAUUUUUUUUUUUUUUGUUACGUUUAUCCUAUGUAUGGUGGGCAUGGGUGUACUCAGCAGGCCUUGCAGAAAACAGCUUGGAGUGUUUUCUUGCAAUAACCAACAACAUGCUCCCCUAAAUCACAGUCAAAAAGCAAUGUGUGUGUAAAAAUGAAAAUUGAAAAAUUACCACCACACAUUUUCUCCAAUUUUUUGACUAAAACGAUUGCAUCAAAGGCAUCAAAACACUCCAUAUACAACACCGUGUCAACUUUUCAAAUAUAUGCAUGCUCAUGGCAAGAAAAUAAAUUGGGAUAUCUAAAAAAGCCCCCAAAAAGAAGAUAGGCAAAGAAGAUAUGUCAGAUUUGAAAAACACGUCAGAAGUUUAGCAUUGCAUCACCCAAACUGCCCAACAAACCUAUGCAUAGGUGGUAUCACUGUACUCAGGAGAUGUUGCUGAACACAUAUUGGGGUGUUCUUUGGCAGUAACACCUAACAGGAGCUGAGAAUCCACGCCUAAAUUAGAAUGUGUGUGAAAAAUAACUCAAAAAAAUGACUACCCAAAAGUUUGACAAAGACUGGUGGUAGAAUUAGUGCAUGGAAAGUGUUAAAAUACCACCAUUAGAAAUACCCUAGGGUGUUUUCUUUUCAAAACUAUUUGGUUUGAUGGGGGGUAAAUUAUUAGGGUUAUUCGGGGAUUCCUGACAGAUAUCAGUGUUACUUGCGUUAAGUUUGAAAAACAAUGGUUUUCAAAUAGCAAAUUGCUACUUGUACUUAUUGCCCUAUAACUUGCAAAAAUAAAAGCUAAGAAUAUGCUGACAUUGGGCAUUUCUAAACUCAGGACAAAAUUUAGAAACGAUGUAGCAUGGGUGUUUUUUGGCGGUUGUAGAUGCGCAACAGAUUUUGGUUCAAAAGUUCAAAAAAAUUGUAUUUUAUUACAUUUUUCAUCAUAUUUUAUAAAAAAAAUAAUUAUAGUAAAUUAUACGAUAUGAUGGAAAUAAUGGUAUCUUUGGAAAGACCAUUUAAUGGUGAACAAAACGGUAUAUAACAUGUGCGGGUACAGUAAAUAAGUAAGAGGAAAAUUACAGCUUAACACAAACACAGCAGAAAUGUAAAAAGAGCCCUGGUCCUUAACGGUAAGAAAAUUGAAAAACUGUCUGGUCACAAAGAGGUUAAAUGGACACUAUAAGCACCCAGAACACUUCAGCUCAUUGAAAUGGUCUGUGUGCAAUGUUCCUGUCCCCCUUAGUCCUUCAAUCUAAUACAUUGCAGUUCUUGAGAAACUACAAUGUUUAUUUUGCAGCACUAAAACUGCUAAUAGUGACUGUCUACCUGACAGCCACUAAAGGUGCACCUGGGAGUUUACCGGACUCUAGGUCACCUAACUCACGCUGGACGUCCUUACGCACUGCAUGAGGAUACCCAGUGUCAUUGAAAUGCCCAUAGGAAAGCAUUAAGUCAAUGCUGUGUGAGUAAAUACAAGGGUAUUUUUUUGACCCUUUAUGUUCCUCUGAGAGGGAGGGGGUGGCCCAGAAGGCACUAUAGAAUCCCCUUAAGAAUUCAGGUAACAUUCUCUGUUUGUGACCAUGGCAACCUGCAAACAAAACACAGGGGCUUUCUGAACAUGAAGAGGCAAGCUUCUUAAAAAAUUCAUUAUUUUAUUCUUGAGUUAGACACAUUUAUUUUAAAUAGGACCUAUCAUAAUCUCUAUUUUUUUCCCAAAGCUCAGCCAUGUAUUAUAACAUGUUUGCAGGUGACAUCUGGAAGAAGAAUAUCUAUUCACCUUUACUUGAUGUAAUGAUCAUUUCUUGUGUAUUGUGUAAGACGUUCCCUUUCACUAUCACUACAGGUGAUGUGAAAGUUCAGGGCAAGGCAGCUGGAAAUUAAUAUUCUGUUUUUUUGAGUGCUUUUUUUUUUUUUACUGAUUUGUGUUCGCAAUCUUUAAAGACAUAAAAGAAAAGAAAAUAUGUUUGAUACACAAUGAAUAAAACAAAAACACAUAUGAAUGUGCAUUACUAAUACCUAAGCAUAUACGCCGUCUCUUUCUAAUAUGCGCAUGCAACAUCAGCUUUUAGAGUCAACAAAUAUUGUCAUGUUUCUAUUCUGACUUGUUAAAAUAUUUUCAGAGGUAUUUAUAAGCACACCCUACUUUAUCUUAGGUAAAUAUAUUUUGAUUGCUUUGGAAUUCAAGUGAAGUUUUAAUGCAAUACAUGUCGGCAUUUUUCUGUGUAUAUGAAAACUUCACAUGUAACAGAACCUUUUAUUUAUUUAUUUUUUAAUAAAGUUUGCUUCUAUUAACUUUUCAGAGUUGGUUCUAAAAGUGCGAAUUCAGAACAGCACUCUCGUUGACAAUGACUUCAUUGAAGUUGAAAUGGAUAGGGAAGAGCUUACGUACCGUGAACUGGUUCGUGUGUGCUGCUACGAACUUGGCGUUAGCCCUGAGCAAGUGGAGAAAAUUAGAAAACUACCCAACACUAUAAUUCGAAAGGUAAUGAAACAUAUCCCGAUAUGGCGUGUGUACACACUGAUUCAGAGAAUAUAUCACUUUGUGAUUAAGGUAAGUUUUAAGUGGAAUUGCUACAUUAUCGUUGUGGCUAAUAAGGAUACACGGUAUGGUUGCUAUAGAAAACCCUAGUGUUCAUGUAACCACUCUUAAAUGGUUUGACCCAAAAAAAUCAUGCGAAAGUGCCCAUAGCCUCUUUGCAAAAUAACUAGUGCAAUGAUUUAUAAGGUUGCUGGUGCUUAGUGUGUCCCUUUGAAUUUUUUUAAGGUCGUAGUUUCAUACCUCCAAAUAUUGGGAGGUGGAGCACAAAGCUCUGCUGAUGGCGAAAAGGCGUCCUCGUUAUUUUUUCUUCUCUUCUCCUUUUAUUUUUUUUUAACCUUUUCUUAAGCCCCUAGUAUGUUAAAGAUUAUACUCUCCCUGGCCACUUGCCUGUAUUUAUAUUGUCUUUUCUUUCUUGCACCGGAUCUCAAUAUCUGGGAGAAGCCAUUUUGUUCUCCUGUGCCCCAUGCGGUCUGCUGUUUCACCCUUCUGUGGGAUUGAUUUUACUGAUGGCUUAUGGGUAGAUUCAAACCGAAGCCUGAACCUUGCCUAAGCUCUGCCUGUCAUGUUUUAUCUACUUGACUGCGAAACGCGAGGAAAAAUAGUCCCUACUUUUCCUUAUUUAUUUUAUAAAAACUUGAGCACUGAGUAAAAAAUUAAAAUUGAGAUCCAGACACAGGGAACAAUAUUGAAACCGAUUAGAGGUGACAGAGCUGCUAUAAUGACAUGCAUUUUUGGGGAACUCGUCUCUGGCUUUUGCAAAAGCGGGACAACAAAGUGUCGCAAAAUACAGACUGUCCAACACAAUAGGACAGUAUGGACGUGUAUGUAGUUUUUGAAGGUAUGUAGUUGUGCAUGGUGCUUAACAUAGGGGUACACGUUUCCAGAGUAGCAUAUAUUCUGAAUAUUGAUCCUUAUGGUCAAAAUAUUCAGGGACCUGUAAAGAACAAUGACGUUUCUGUUUGGCUUUGAGAGGUUGGAUCAUGUCUGGGCUUGUUUAGCAACACACAAGAAAAAUAUAGUUUCUCCUGAUAAAUAUGCUGUGCAAACCACACCCACUGCAGAAAUAUCUACAGAAAAUCUCUAUUGUACAGAAACAAAAAAAAAGUCAAAGAAAUAUACUAACAGAAUGGGAUUACUUUACCUUUAAAAGAUUAUAUGUCUACAUCUUAAGUGAGAUCUGUCACUUUUCUGAAUAGGGUACCUUUUAAUACCACGCUUAAAACGGCUAAAUACAGAGAUUACAUUAUUUUCCCUAGUUAUGCGUCUUUUAUAUUACAUAAUUUUCAGAAAUUAUAAAUAAAAAAUAUAUAUAUAUAUAUAUAUAAUGUUAUAUGAGAGAGACAUACACAUAUAGAAACCUGUAGCAGAAUUUUUCCAAAUCAUCACAUUUUUGGGAAAUGUGCAAUUCUGAUUUCAAUACUCUAGAGUUUGUUAAAAGUAAGCCCCACAGUGUCAUUUGUUACUUUGGUGUUUUCUGACCAUUACAAUGCCAAAAUGUAUCAUAAAUUAAUGUUGUGACAAGGCGUUAUUCCCUUUUAACAAUUCUUCCCUAAAAGGAAGAAGUGAUCAUGGUAGCGAGCUUCACGGAACAAUUAGUUAAUUGUUGCAAAGAUUAGCCAUCACUGGUUUAGGAGAUAUUAAGUCCAGUAUUCUAUGUAUUACAGAAAUUCGUUAAUUUAUUUUUAAUAAUCAAUAGUCUAAUCGUGUGUUUUUUUUGUUAUUAUUUUAUUUUCAAGGACAAAGAUGUUGCAAGACUUCAAGAUUUCCAGGAGUUGGAACUCGUUCUCCGAACCGACAGCAGUAUGUUUCGAACAGCGGCCACCCUGGCCGAGCGGCCAUGUUUCAACAAUAAAGCUUCACAUCUAACAUACUAAUAGCAUCACACAAAGGCAUGUGUUCAAACUGAGUAUAUUCUAAUAACCCAACUAAACAUGGAACAAUAAAAUACUAAUAAUUAAUCCGCUAAACGUUUCAAAAAGCACAAAUCACUGGGAGAAUGGGAGAAGCAGUAUUUUUUACUAAUUCCGUUAACUCAUAUUAUUUUUUAAUCGGCUGUUUUUUGCAGUAUUUCAGGGGUGCCGUAGGGCUAUUUUUACAUAAAUUACUUGGUAGUCUAUCUGGCUUUUAAUUUAUAACCCAGGAUCUUUCCAAUCUUUCCAAUAUGUGUGAAAUCCCAAAUGUAGCUUUGUAGGCAUAUUUAAUUUAUUGACAGUGGACGUUAACAAAAUGACCUUUAUUCUGUACUAAGGAGGGCCUGUUGUAGCCUUUUUCUGACUGACACCAAUUAAUCUGACCUAAUACAACAAUUUAAAGAGAUACAUUAUAGAAAAGAUGCUUUGUUAAAGACUGCACAGAUUUUUUGGAAUUUAAGUACUUAUUGUUUACAAAUAAACAGCUACAAUAUUGUCUAU